AUGCUUCGCGAGACCACGAGGGAAGCGACCUCGAGCCCAGACCUGGGUAUUGAGCUCCAUAAUCCCCCAAUCUUCUUCCAUCCUGGCGAUCCCCUUUCCGGGCGAAUAUAUCGACAGACCGCCAUUAUCAGUCCCGAGGCACAUCUCACCAUCAAUCUGUUUGGCUGUCUCGCCACCCAGGUGAACGACAACCCUUCCCGUGUAAUGAUUCUUCUCGGCUCGACAAAAUCACUCUUCAAGGGAGCGGUCCAUAUCCCCCCCGACGCAAUCUGUCGCCACGAAUGGCCCUUCCACAUCAGGCUUCCAACGAACCCCAGCUACAGAUGUGUGAGCUCCGAGAUGUCCAAUUCUUCGAUGCCACUUUUCUUGCCUAUUGAUCAAGAAUCAAUCAGCGGACAUCCUCUUCCUCCAACUUGCCGAACCAAAUCGCCAUAUUUCUACGCGUCCGUCGACUAUUUUCUUGAAGCCAAACUUAUCUACGAGCGCAAGGGGGUCAAGGAUAUUGUCCGCUGUCAAUAUCCCCUCCUUCUACGAUUGGCGGAUCCGAGUCCUCCCAUUGCGGACAGUCGGCUAAAGAUUCACGAAUUCAAACGCACUGUUCAUUCCCAGCGCCUCGUUCCGGGUAUGCGUGGUGCUCCAUUGAGUCUGGGGCAGCAUGUCAAGAAGUUCUUUCACACCUCAUCUGUGCCUCGCUUGAACCUGCAGGUUCUCAUCGCGACACCAAGCGUCAUUCAACUCAAUCAUCCGGAUCCAAUUUCUCUGACCAUCAAAGCCAUUCCCAACUGGUCCAAGUCUUCUGGCGUUCUCCAGAACGUGUCACAAACGGCGAGGUUGGUCCGGUUUUGGGCUGUACUGUCAUCAAUCUGCGAAAUCCCGGCUCAAUACCGUCCUCUUACCUUCACCGGGCCCGAAAAAUAUACCAUAAGGCACAGUUUUGUAUGCCAUUCGGAGCCUCUUGUCGAAAUUCUAUGCUCCGCUGAUGAGGAGCCUAAGGAUGUCGGCAAAGAAAUAAACCUUCGGCUCGUGGACCCGGAGUACCUUGUGCCCAAUUUUGUCACGUACAGUAUGAAAGUUACCCACAAAUUGUCUUUUGAAAUGCGAUGGGUCAUCGAGAAGGAGUAUAUAAAAAUCCAUGACGAGCAGCCCGUCAUGCUUAUGCCGGAAAGCAUAGAUAGAGAUAAAGAGUGUCAGCCAGGAUCAUCAGGAACGCUACCGAGCAACCCGUUCGCGGGACUGGAGGAUGAUAUGGACUCCCCUCCCACCUUUGAGGAGACUGAAAGGGAGAAGGAGGAAGAAGCCCGUGCCCAGAAUCAGUCCAGAGGAAAGGGCCCCGAAGACAGCGAGGCAGGGAGUAUGUUUUCAGAUAAACAGGAAGAGUCGGGCGAAGCUGGGGUGCUGGAGUAG